AACGUAAAACUUAAAAUUACUUUGUUCGAAAAUAAUCGCAGUAGAUGUAUAGUUGUAAAUUGGCUGGCUAUCGUGAUGGUUUGAAAAUUCUCUUCCUCGUUGGUUAUUUAUUGUAAAACCAAAACGUUCAAAUACACAAAUAUGACUGGCGUUCCUGAAGGUGAUAAGAGUGACAAAUAUGAUUGCAUUAUAGUCUAUUGUGAAAAAGAUGAAGAUAGAGCUAAAGACAUACAAAAUGAAUUGCUAAAAAUUGAACUAAAUGAUAAAAAACCUCUCAAUAUUGAACUGGAGGAAUAUGUUGGUGGUACAUCAUUUAAACGACCUGAACAUUUACAAAAACUUAAAGACAAGGCGUUAUUCAUUUGUGUUUUAAUUUCAGACAAAAUAACUGACAUUACUAAACAUGAAUAUCAUGAACUCUUAAAUGACAACCAUGGUGGGAUACUGCCAAUCCUCUUGCAUUGUCAUUGUAUGAUUUCUGGUUUCCAAAGUCUUAAUUAUAUUGAUUGGACUAACAAACAUAAACUAGACAAAUUUAAAAACAUUGUCAACAGGAAAAGGAAGGGAGACUAAAAUUACUCAGGAAGUACAAAAUGAAUUGAAUAGGUUAAAUUUCAAAUUAGUUUUCUGUUAAAAUUAAGGCAAUUUAUAGAAUGGCAAAAAUUAAACUACUCUGGUGAAUAUAGUUCUAUAUUUAAGAGAUGAGGAAUUAUGUACAUUAUUUACAUUUGACAGAUAUUUGUCCUCAUCUUUGUUGCUAACACAAUGUUUCAGCUGAUAUACCUUCCAGCCUUCUUCAGGUACC